UAUGUGGCCAGUGAUAGGGCGAGGUGCUUUGGCCGGGUACUAAGCUAAAGAAAACUCCUGGACCCCAGUAGCCAUUGGCUUCAUCCUCACUCAGCACAAUACAGUCUCCACCACUGGAGCAUGCUGACCUAAGAGGUUCUGUUCCUGUUUUGCUUGAUUCUCUCCCAUAUCUCCCUUACAAAAUUGUCAAUGCUAACGGAUCACAGGGUGUAGUCCUCAGAGCACAUAGUGGUUGACCACCCCGAGGUCCUAUGGUUCUUUCUGUUUUAACAGCAGAUCAGGCUUUGUUUUUACAGAAAAGAAGGGAUUGUCCUCUUCUGGACCACUGUAGUUGGGAUCACCCCAGGUAUCUCCAUCCCAGUUUUCAGGGAAUGCUGUUAGCUUCCUGAUCUGUACAAUAGCCAAACCCCCACUCCUCUUCUUCCCAUCCCCUGAUCCCCAUUAAAUAGCUAGCUCUGCAGCCAUUGGACCCGAUGGCAUGACAAAGAGAGGUCCCUGGUCUGCUGAGUACUGGGACUGGCACAGAGAGGCUCUGUGACCGACGUGGAUCAUCCCAACCGGAGUACUCGGUGAGUUCCCCAGGGCCGCUGAGUACACAGACUUCCCCGCCUGCCCCAACCGUGCCUGGAUCUCCAAACUCCUUGGCAUCACUGCAUCUCACAAUCCGAGGCGUCUCGCUGCGGUGCUGCUGGUAAGAGCAAUGUGCGCGGGGCAGAGCCUUCAUUAUUGCAUUGUGCUCAACAGGUGGCAGCGGAGAACUGCGGUGCUCCUGGGCGGUGCAAGAACUGCAGGGAUAUCUGUGGCUCUUCAAGAAGUCAGCAAGAAAUGGGAAGCUGCAUUUCCUGGAAUGCCCUGGAACCCGACUUUGCUGACUGGUAACUGGCUGCCCAUAUAGGUAAGGGCAAUGUACCCCUACCAACGUUUACUCAUAACAUAGCAUGGCUCAAUGUAGUGCUCCCAGAGCUGGUUACUGUGCUUAAAGGUUCCCUACCGGCUGCUUGUCCUCUUCCUCCUGCUUUCUCCUUGCCUCUGGCCUGUCUAAUCAAAUCCAGACACUUAACCAUGAGAAGUACAGUGUUCGCACCGAGACAUUGCACUUGCAGACCCUACACCUACACCGUAGCACUGCCACCCCCAUCCCUCUCCCUCCCAUCUUCAGGGCACCACUUUCAAGCUAGCUCUGCAGCUCUGGAAGUUGAUGGCUCGAAGAAAGAAGGCCCUCAGACCCAACUUAGUUUACUGGCUGCCCUAAUAGCUAGCUCUGUGGCUGUGGGACUUGACAGCUGGAAGAAGGUAGGCCUUCGGACCGCUGCAGGUUGGGCAUGGAGCGGCUCUGUGAUGGGUGCAGUGGAGCACGUGGAUCGUGCCGGCAGGUGCACUUGCGCCAGGCAUCUCUCUGCGGUGCUGCCGGUGGCAGCGGAGAACUGUGGUGUAAGAACUACAGGGAGAUCAGUGGCUCUUCAUGAAGUCAUCAAGAAACGGGAAGCUGCAUUUCCUGGAAUGGCCCAGAACCCAUCUUGUCUGUCCGGUGGCAGCGGAGAACUGCGGUGCUCCUGGGCAGUGCAAGAACUGCAGGGAGAUCCGUGGCUGCUCUUGAAGUCAGCAAGAAACAGAAAGCUGCAUUUCCUGGAAUGCCCUGGAACUCAGCUUUCCUGACUGCGUACUGUUUGCUGUAAUGGGGAAGGGCAACGUACCCCCACCAGCGUUUCUCCAUUAUGUAGUGUGACUGAAUAUAGUGCUGCUAGAGCUCAGUACUACACUUUAGGGAACCCUGAAGGCUGCCUCUGCUUUUCUUCCUUCUCCUUGCCUCUGUCCUUUCCCUGUGGUGUUCUCCUUGUCCUUACCUUAGCCUUUGUUUUCUCGUGCUGAUUUCUUUACCUUGCAUUUCAGUUCCCGGCAGUGUUCUCCUGGGCUUUGGCCUUGGCCUGGGCCUGGGCCUGCGGUGUGGUGUUCUCCUUGGCCUAGGCACUUGGCCUGGGCUUGGGCUUUUGCUGAGGCAUUCUCCUUGGCAUUUGGCCUGGGCCUGG